AUGUCGCGAAAUUUUCCAGCUUCGUCAUUUGCUGGCUAUCAUUCACUGGACCGCAAGUCACAUCUGGCUGACUACUACCGUGAGUCGUCACCGAAUCGACUAGGAGUCUUCGAUCGAACUUCAAUGGCAGCGCUGAUCAGCCCGCGUCGAAUACCUCAACCCCCACCAGACAGUAUGCAACGCCACAGCAUAAACGGAUCUUUGUCUGCUCGAGGGCCACAGAACUCGGAGCGAAUUUACGCAAACUUGCGUGAUGGCAUCCAUCUGCACCGACUUGCUGACGAAUGCCAGCUAAACCAUGGACUAGCGAAGAGCGAAGGUGCGGACGUCCUGGGCUCUCAGAACUCCCUCGCAAGUGCGGCCUGUAGCUCGCUGAACGAAAGAUACGAGGCUGACAUUCGUAAGAUGGCUCGCGACCUAGAAGGCUAUCGUCACACAAUCAGCAAGCUGACGCGAAAACAGGAGGACUACUCGCACGUAAUGGAGAUGUUCCAGAGUAAACUGUCACAACUGAGUAAACAAAUCGACAAAUCUCUUCUCAAGCCCGACGACUUGAACAAACUCCGGCAGGAAAUUGAACAGUUACGGUUGGUCAGUGGCAGAUUGGCACAGGGAGGUGACGCAAAGAAAAGCAUUGAAGGAGCCGGUGAGCUUCUCCGUCAACCAUCGCUCGAGUCUGUAGCUUCGCUUGCUAGUCACAGAUCCUCAAUGUCAUCUUCGAGUAAGUCGAGCCGAACCGACAAAAGCAGCCUGAACAGCUUUGGCAAAUCAAAGAAGAGCUGGGUAUGUCAAGAAUAG